AUCGUCACGUUACUCUUUCAGAUGAUACAAAAGAUGGAAUCCCUUGAUGCCGAUAAGGAUCGAUAUCGAACGUGUUGUACUGUAUGUCACAUAAAAUUCGGCACAGCGGUACUUGGAGUGAUUGAAGCCCUAGUCAGUAUUGCCGUAUUGAUAAGCGCAACACAGCAAGUUGUAUGGAAAAACGGCGGAUCAUAUCAUUGUAUGGAAAACUUUCUUCGCGAUUGUCUUAUUUUUCAAUUCAGUCACUUCAGUACCAUACUCACAUUCGACUACAUUCUAAUCAUUAUGAUGAUCUUUGUUCUAUUUUCUAUAUUCUUGCUAUUUUGUGGAAUUCUCUUCGAUACUUCAUGUCUACUUCUUCCACAUAUAUUGAUACAAGGAAUCUUUCUACUCUUCUCAAUCGGAUAUUUUUGUUUAUAUGCUGUAUCAUAUUUUUACGGCGAUCUCCACACGCAGUCAAGAAAUUUUGAAGUGAAUCGUUUUCUGGAAAGAAUGUGGCUGGCCACGUUGCUACUCGCUCUAUCAGGAUUUCAAAGCUACUUGUUUUCAGCAGUUAUUCGUUGCAGCAUGUACAUAUCGGUAAAGUUGCUUCCUAUUUAUAAUCCUAUUCUUCUUAGUUUAAAAAUUUGUUAUUAUAGUAGAAGAAAUACUCCCAAAUCAAAAAUCAACAGCUCUGAAUAA